AUGCAGCACUCAUGCCAUUUUAGUCAGCAUCCCCUAGCCUGGGAUAUCACCAUGCUAGAGGAACAUCCUUUCUUUGCUCACCCUCAUCCUCCUUCAUACAAUGACAGCUUCGAGAGCAGCUCCGGGGGACCCUCAAAAGGCGAGAAAAAGGCGUACGAAGAAAGAGCCAAAGAGGGUAUGGAAGAUGAACAUCCCGAAAAGCCAGAAUUCGGAUUCCGUCAUUCCUGUGGCCGUGGCCGUCGCGGAUUUCUUCAUCGCCAUCUUGGGCCAGGAUGUCACCUACAUCCCCACAAACACGAGCAUGACGAGGAGAAUGGAUUCAGCCGAUGGACUGAACACGAAGGACCGGGAUUCGGACAUCACCACCACCACUCUCACCACAGACGAGGUCACCCCUGGGGAAUGUUCCGCGGACUAGGACGAGGCAGAGGCUUCGGCCAUCAUUUUUACAGCUUCCACCAUAUGCAUCCCCGCUUCCGCUCUUUUCAUCACUCACACGACCCGACCAAUUUCACGCCCCCGGUCGACGUCUUCGUCACACCUACCCACACGAUCAUCCACGCAUCGCUUCCGGGAGCUCAAAGAUCGGAUUUGAGCGUUGCGUAUGAUGCAUCGCGUUCCGUGCUCCGCAUGGCUGGGGUUGUGCACCGUCCCGGAGUUGAUGAGGAGAUGUAUAGGGCUUUGCUGAUUGGGGAGAGAGGGCGUCAUUUGGGAGUGUUUGAAAGGGAGGUGCCGAUUUCCCACAAUGUUGCCGUCGAGGGGAUCCGUGCUCGACUGGUUGAUGGCGUUCUGAGGGUUGCACUUCCUAGGGUUGAGGGAGAAGUUCAACAAACCGACGAGGAGAUGGACGAGGUAGAAAAGGAGGGUGCAAGUAGUGGAUUGAACAUUGAUGGAAAAGAGGAAGAACACGAGAUGGAAGAUGAAGUUGAGCGGGAGUAUGUGAAGGUGGAUAUCCAGUGA